AGCUGGCGGCGGGGACAUGUGAGAAACAUGGCUCGGCGGUAUGUGUGCGUGCUGGCCCUGGCGGCUGUGCUGCUGCUCGUUUUUGCUACCGUCUCCAGAUCGAAGGGCCUGAGGGGCAGGGAGCAUCAACAGACGUCUCGAAUCCCUUCUCAGUUCAGCAAAGAGGAGCGCGUCGCGAUGAAAGAGAAGUUGAAAGGUGCCAUCCAGAUUCCAACGGUGUCUUUCAGCCAAGAGGAGUACAAUACUUCAGCCCUGGCUGAGUUUGGAGAAUACAUUCGUAAAGUCUUUCCUACAGUAUUCAGCACCAGCUUUAUCCAGCAUGAAACUGUGGGAAACUACAGCCACCUGUUCACUGUCCAAGGCUCAGAUGCCAGCUUGCAGCCCUACAUGCUGUUGGCUCACUUUGACGUGGUACCUGCCCCUACGGAAGGCUGGGAAGUGCCCCCAUUCUCUGGACUGGAACGUGAAGGCUUUAUCCAUGGUCGGGGAACCCUGGACAACAAGAACUCUGUGAUGGCAAUCCUGCAUGCCUUGGAGCUCCUGCUGAUCAGGAACUACAUCCCUCGAAGAUCUUUCUUCAUUUCUCUGGGCCAUGAUGAAGAGGUAUCAGGUAUGAAUGGGGCUCAGAAGAUCUCAGCCCUGCUACAGGCAAGGGGCGUCCAGCUAGCCUUCAUCGUGGACGAGGGUAGCUUUAUCCUGGAUGGCUUCCUUCCCAACAGCAAGAAGCCUUUUGCCAUGAUUUCAGUCUCAGAGAAGGGUGCGAUUAACCUCAGGCUACAAGUAAACAUGACUCCAGGCCACUCUGCUGCUCCUCCAAAGGAGACAAGCAUUGGCAUCAUCGCAGCUGCUGUCAGCCGACUGGAACAGACGCCAAUGCCUAACAUGUUUGGAAGCGGACCACUGGAGACGGCAGUGCAGCAACUGGCAAGUGAGUUUCCCUUCCCUGUCAACAUAGUCUUGAGCAACCUGUGGCUAUUUGGACCCCUGGUAAGCAGGUUAAUGGAGAGAAAUUAUAUAAUGAAUGCACUGGUCAGGACCACUAUGGCACUCACCAUGUUCAAUGCAGGGGUCAAGGUGAAUGUCAUCCCUCCAGUGGCCCAGGCCACAAUCAACUUGCGGAUUCACCCUGCACAGACAGUCCAAGAGGUCCUAGAAUUUGUCAAGAAUGUUGUGGCUGAUGACCGAGUCCAGUUCCACGUGUUGAAUGCCUUUGACCCCCUGCCCAUCAGUCCCUUUGAUGACCAGGCCUUGGGUUACCAGCUGCUCCGCCAGACCAUACAGUCUGUCUUCCCGGAAGUCAGUAUUGUCACCCCAGGUAUUUGUAUUAGCAACACGGAUAGCCGACACUUUACAAACCUCACGACUGACAUCUACCGGUUCAACCCCGUCAACCUACACCCUGAGAGCUUCAAGAGCAUCCAUGGAAUCAAUGAGAAAAUAUCAGUCCAAGGCUAUGAGACUCAGAUGAAAUUCAUCUUUGAGUUCAUCCAGAAUGCUGACACAGAUGAGCAGCCAGUCCCUCACCUGCAUGAACUGUGAGGUCAAGGAGCAGCUGGAUUAGGUGUGCAACCCCGGGCCAGGAAUAUCUCAAGGGGGAUAAGAGUGGGGGUGUGCCAAUGAUGAUGAAACUUUUGGUCAAAGCCACAUCAUAAUACAUUUCCCACCUGCCUUGCUCACUUC